AUGGGGGACCACGACGACCAUGCUAUCCUCAAACGCCUUUACCUCAUGCCGGAAUGCGAGCGUGAGGCCACGAACUAUCUCUGCGGGCGUGCCGACGGAAUGGUGUUCAUUGAGCAUGCCAGGGACGCGCAGUGGGGAAUUUCGCGCGCCCAAAACGGCCGCAUCAACGACGACUUUAGCGAUGGAGAUGUAGACUUUGAAGAUGAGUUCCAAGUCGACAAGUUUCCCUACGGCAUGGAGGCUUUCUCGGCGGUCUCUGACUUUGACUACGUCAAGCUUUGGGCGGCCUGA